AUGGGCCUUCCACCGCCCACCUGUGUCCUCUUGGGGCUCCUUCUGCAGGGCAUCCUGAAGCCGUUGUCGGGGGAACUGGUUUUCAUCCCUCCUGUCAUUCGCAUGUCCAGCCGUGUGGUUAGCGCGGCCCUGGUCGGAGGCACCGAGGAUGUGACUUUAUCCCUGGCUGUGCUGCGGAAUGAGGCGGGAAUAUUGCCAGUUCCGACUUGUGGAGUGCCCAGCAAUGAGACAGGAGACUGGAGUUUGUCAGUGACUGCCGGUGUGAACCUGUUGGAAGUGACGGUGGGGCUGAAGAGGGACAUGAAACGCUGUUCCUCCAAUGAGUCGGCUUCCUUCUCAGAGGCCCCAUGUCUCGUUCAGACUCUCCUGGUUUCAGCCUCUGUCGGUGCAGCCUGCUCAGCACACUUACUCAUUCAAGUGGAGAUUUAUGCCAACUCUUCUCUGGCCCAUAAUGCAUCAGAGAACAGGACUGUUACUCCCAACCAGGUGUACCAGCCCUUUGGUCCUUGUCCUUGUGACCUGACAGCCAGGGCCUGUGAUGUGCGGUGCUGCUGUGACCAGGAGUGCUCCUCAGACGCAACAGAACUGUUCACACAGUCCUGCUUCACUGGCGUGUUUGGAGGUGACGUGAAUCCUCCUUUUGAUCAACUUUGCUCGGCGCAGACAACACAUGAUGUCCCUGACUGGUUCCCCUUCCUGUGUGUGCAGUCUCCACUCACCAACUCGCCCUUCCUCGGUUACUUUUACCAUGGCGCCAUUUCUACUAAACAAGACUCUUUCAUUGAAAUACCUUUGUAUACUGAUCUAAAAGAUCUUUCCGAUUCUGGUUACAAACAAGGAGAUCCAAUUAUGACUGUACACAAGGGUUACUUUACUAUUCCACAGGUGUCCCUGGCUGGGCAGUGUAUGCAGAAUGUACCAGUGGCAUUCCUUCAGAAUUUUGACAUCAAAUGCGUCACGGAUUUGGAAAUGUACCAAGAAAAAGAUGAUAUUCACAAUAUGAAGAUCAAAAAUGGUACAAUAGGAGGAAUAGUUACUCCAAAAGUCAUCUAUGAGGAAGCAACUGACCUAGACAGAUUCAUCACAGCUGCAGAAACCCCUUCAGAUAAAGGAUCGGCUCCCAGAAAAGUGAAUGUAGAAGAGCAUUAUGUUUUCAGAUGGAAUACUAAUACAAUCAGUGAAAUAAACGUCAAAGUCAUUAGAGCUGAAAUUAAUGCCCACCAGAAAGGAAUAAUGACACAGAGAUUUACAGUAAAAUUCAUAAGCUAUAACAGUGACAAUGGCAAGGAAUUGUCUGGCAAUCCAGGGUACCAACUUGGCAAACCUCUCCGAGCACUCCACGCCAGCAGGAUGAAUUAUGUCACCACGUUACACCUCUGGAGAACAGCUGGAAGGGGCUUGUGUACGUCAGCAACUCUCACACCCAUUUUAUUUGGCAAAAACGCGCUAUCUGGAUGCCUUUUGGAAGUUGGGAUCAACGAGAAUUGUACUCAGCUCAGGGAGACUGUUGUUGAGAGACUGGAUUCAUUGGUGCAAGCAACUCAUGUUGCCAUGAGAGGCAACUCCGAUUACAGUGACCUUAGCGACGGCUGGCUGGAAGUAAUACGUGUCAAUGGACCAGAGACAGGUGCAGGCCCGUCUGCACGCAGCGUGCCCAAUGUCUGCCCAGAUAUUCCUGCUCAGCUGAGUGUCCGCAUCCUCAUCUCUGACGUUGGCGUGGUGGAAGGGGUGACUCAACAGGAGAUUCUGGGCGUGGAGACCAGGUUUUCCUCCGUGACCUGGCAGUACCAGUGUGGGCUGACCUGUGAAGAAGAUAAAGCUGACCUUUUCCCUCUCAGCGUAUCGGUCCAGUUCAUUACGAUUCCUGCCCAGUUACCCCGCCCACUGACCAGAUUCCAGAUCAACUUUACAGAGCAUGACUGCAACAGGAAUGAGGUGUGCUGGCCGCAGCUUCUGUACCCACUAACUCGCUAUUAUCAAGGGGAGCCGUCUUCACAGUGCAUUGCCAAGGGCUUGGCCUUGGCCACCUUCUUCGUAUUAGCUGUGUUCCUCAGUCGCCCCUGGACCAGGAUGUGCCCAGCAUGGGAUUCAUCCAGUAGCUGA